AACCUAACACUAACAGAAUUAACGGCAUGCAAGAUUUUCAAAACAGAUUUACGCGCCAACAAAACAAACCAUCUUUCUGUCUCUGUCCACUAUACAAACACACACAAAACUCAUACAGCAAAUUUCACUGCUCAUUUUCUUCAAGAAACAAUGGAAUUACAAGUCCCACAGGUAGAAAACGAACCACGUGAUGUACCCGAAGAUGAACCUCAAGUUGUUCCAGAACAUGAACCUCAAAUUUUACCAGAAGAUGAACCACAAGUUGUCCCACAAAUUGAACCUCAAUUUGUUCCAGAAAAUGAACCUCAAGGUGUUCCAGAAGAUGAACCUCAAGUUGUACCACACCUUGUCCCAGAAAUUGAGCCUCAUGAAAAUGAACCCCCAGUUGAUGAACCUCAGGUUGUCCCACAAAUGGAACCCCAAGUUGUUCCACAAAAUGACCCUCAAGUUGUUCCAGAAGAUGAACCACAAGUUGUACCAGUAAAUGAACAUCAAGGUUUUCCAAAAUAUGAAUCACACUGGGAAGAAAUAUCAGAGGACGAUUGGAACGAAAUGUGUGAAAAGGGCAAAUUCAAGAAAGAAGGCAUGAAUAUGACAGUUAUGGAUUUUCUCAUAGGCCAUGAACUUCCCAUCGUUGCUGAAACAAAGAAUCCGGCUACCCAUGUUUUUUCGUACAGAUUUGGCCGUGACUGCACUUCUAUAUAGAGCAGUAAAAGAUGAUCGAAUUAUGUUGUAGGCGUGAUUUUAAUGCUGCACUGGAUUUUUCGUGCAAAUUUGUGAUGUGGGAAAGUUUUGAUCUGAAAUUAAUAGUUUUAGUUCUGGUUUUAGUAAAGAAUGCUGUUUGACUUUGCUGCCAAGGUCGCCAGCCAAACAGGUAACUACAUAGAAAAAGCUGCAAAGAUGGUUAGAUUGGAAGAGUUAAGCUGUAUAAAGUAGUCAGAUUUCAGUUUUCAGUUUUUGAGGCGACUACCCUGAAUUGUAUCAAAGAAAUUCAUCAACGGACCUCGAUAAAUAGAUAGAUAUUUUUAGAAAUGGUGUUUUUGAUACGAAUAUAUACAUACGACAAUGACCAAAUUCUCAUUCUUUUAUGGUUUCAUUCGUAACAAAUUUUAGCUA